CAGACAUACCCUAGACUGAUACUGGUAUCAUCAUUUGUAACCUUCUCUAACAGGCCUUCUGGAGCCUUAUCAGGUUUUGUGAUAACAGCAAGAGUCAAUUUCAUCUUUUUAGAGGUCGAAGAACAUCAUUUCCAUGGCUGCUCCACCUGCUAGGGCUAGGGCAGAUUACGAUUAUCUCAUUAAACUUCUCUUGAUCGGUGAUAGCGGUGUGGGUAAGAGUUGCCUUCUGCUGCGUUUUUCUGAUGGAUCUUUCACUACAAGUUUCAUAACAACUAUUGGUUGUCCACGAACUGGAACCCGGGUGAUCCCAGGGAGAUCAACCAUGGUUAAGUCAGGAACACCAUGUUUCUUCACUAAAAGUGUUAUUGGAGUAUUCGAUAUACCCUUGGCUUUUUCUGCAAUUUCCUGAGUUGCUCAGUUGAUUGCUUGAGAAACACGGGCUUCGUCUAUCUACAAGAUUUUACCCAUGACUCAAGGGAUAGUUGUGGGUUCGGUUCCGAAUGGUCCUGCAAUCAU